AAUCGUGUUCUCCCAUACACAGUGGCAAACUAAGUAUAAAUCCUCGCUAAAAUAAUAGAUGCGCGCGGACCUUAUUGAUAAACAACAUAAAGGUAAUCUCUUUAUUCAUCAAAGUAUCGUGCAAAUCUGCUAAUAAAUUACAAUGCAACAGCCAUCAUCUGUUGUAGUACUACAUUAACCAGAAUCCGGAGGUCAAAACAAAACCGGCAAAUGAAAGAGACGACAAGCGUGGAGACACUGGGGGAGCUAUCAAGUCAUUCUCCCACACCUGAGCACAAGAUCCAUAUCAGACAACUAAAUACAAUUCUUCUGACAGUGUCUCUGAUGGCUGGUCGGCUCCUCAAAGUCUCCUCUUUGGCCACAGCAGUGUUUGCCUCAUCUGGGUUUUACCUCUACAACAGACUGCUUGACCUCAAUGACUUGAGUUUCAUCCGCUUUGGACGAGCUGCAGCCACCACGGCGGCCAUCAGCUACGAUUAUCUGACUGCUUUCAAACAUGUCGAAUAUGGCACAGAGGAGUACUGGGUCCUCAAGUCCAAGGUGCAUCGGCGUUCAGCGGAGCGUCUUCGAGAUUUGUGCUGUGCCAAUCGGGGUACUUUCAUCAAGGUGGGCCAGCACCUCGGUGCUCUGGACUAUCUCCUACCAGAGGAGUACACAUCCACACUAAAAGUGCUCCACAGCCGAGCUCCCCAGAGCAGCAUGGAAGAGAUCCAGCAGGUCAUCAGAGAGGACCUCGGCAAGGAGCUGUCAGAGUUAUUUGUCUCCUUUGAGGAGAAGCCGCAGGGUGCCGCCUCCUUAGCUCAGGUCCACAAGGCAGUCCUGCAUGAUGGGAGGACAGUGGCCGUCAAGGUCCAACACCCCAAAGUCCAGAGACAAAGCUCCAAGGACAUAAUGGUGAUGGAGGUGUUGCUGAGGGCAGUCCAUUGGGUCUUCCCAGACUUUGCCUUUAUGUGGUUGGUGGAAGAGGCCAAGAAGAACAUGCCGCUGGAGCUGGACUUCCUUAAUGAAGGACACAAUGCAGAGAGGGUGUCCAGCAUGCUGGCCCACUUCCCCUUUCUCAAGGUUCCCAUGAUCCACUGGGACUUGUCCACUAAGAGGAUCCUGACCAUGGAGUUUGCUGACGGGGGUCAGGUCAAUGACAGGGAAUACAUGAAGAAACAUGGCAUUAAUGUUAACAAGAUUUCAGAGGACCUGGGCAAGAUGUACAGUGAAAUGAUCUUCGUCCAUGGCUUUGUUCACUGUGAUCCCCACCCUGGCAAUGUGUUGGUUCGAAAGUGUCCCCAAAGCAAGAAGACAGAGAUUGUCCUGCUCGAUCAUGGCCUUUAUCAGGUCUUGCAACCAGACUUCAGGUUGGACUACUGUCGCCUGUGGCAGGCUCUGAUUGAAGGUGACAUGUCUGGGGUGGAGUGUUACAGCCGCAGACUGGGAGCUGGAGAUCUCUACCCACUGUUUGCUUGUGUGCUUACUGCUCGCUCCUGGACCGCUGUCAAUGCUGGCAUCAGUUCUGUGCCUGUCACGCACUCUGAGGACCUUGAAAUACGGACCAAUGCAGCUCUGUACCUGCCCCAGAUCAGUGAUCUCUUGAACCGAGUGCCCCGGCAGAUGCUGCUGUUGCUGAAGACCAACGACCUGCUGAGGGGCAUUGAGACCAUCUUACAGACCAGAGCCUCCUCCUCCUCCUUCAUCAACAUGUCCCGCUCCUGCAUAAGUGCCAUAGCCAGGCACAAGAGGAGUAAGGCUCAGUCCAAGAGGAGGCGUCUGCAGAUCACACUGGCAGAGUCUUUCAGCCUGUGGAGACUCGGCAUGUAUGAACUGUUUCUGUGGCUGAAGGGCUCAGUUUUGGGACUCUGGCUGACUGCUCUGCUGGGAUUUCUUCACUGAGACACAUCUGGAUUUCAUGCUAUAACAUUAACAACAGGCUGCAACUGGUGGCUCACGGGGGUUUAUAUAAUGCAUAUUAGCACAUACAAACAUGAAACAUUUUGAACAUGUGCCCACAGACACACAUGAAUGAAUGAAUUCAACUUAUGUUAAUAAUACAGUUUUUAUGACAUUACUCGUGACAUUGCUCAGAUUCUGAUAUACCUGGAACACUGACACUCCUUUAUCCAUUCACUCAUCAUCCAGAAAUUUGCCCUGUGUUGAAAAGCAGUGGACAUACAGACAAAAAACUCAAUUAUCACAAUUUGAAAUUACACACCUGGGUUGGGGGUAGAUAUGGGGGGCUCAGUUGACUAAGUUUUGUCUGAGGGGGGGCCUACAGUGUCAGACUGGUUAAAUUCAUACUCAAGGAGAAAUGUGAAAACAAUUUGUGGUUUUAAAAGGAGCUGCAUGUCAUCACUGUCAUCACACAUUGAGGUUGCCAGGUUUGGUCCCAUCGUGCCUUUACCAACCAAAACUAAAAUCUGUGCUCACCAACUGUAUCUAGCAACCCACACUAUAGCUAGAGAUGCUGCACAGAAGUAUUGGGCCCCUAAAAACACAAACUGUGUUUUUUAAAUUUCUGUUUGAGUACAGCUCAGAUUAAUGAGAUACAUGUUGAUUUGUGAGCUUUAGAUGUGAUAGCAGGUAUAUUUUAGAGUGGACCACUUUGGCUGCAAGAGUGAUCAGUAGUUCAACCCUGACAGUUUUUCUUGCCAGGACACUGUUAGACUGCUGAUGUAUCCCUGCUCCUCAACAGAAUACCUCAGCAUGAAGUUUGCAUCCUGAUGAUGCAAAAUGCACUGAAUGCCUCAAUAGUUUCGAUGUAUUCAUUGUUUGAAAUAUUGUAUAAUAAUGGUCAUGUCUAGUAUGUAAUUGGUACUGUUGUUCUUAGGUCAAAUACUGUACACUCAUUCCACAAGCACACCAGUUUGUCAUAUUGCUAUUUGGUUGUUGAUCAGAAAUGAACAGCUUGCUCUUCAAUUUUUACAUUCCUGCUGAUAAUCUCAUUCUUUUCUGAAGGUAACUUAGUAUUCAAGAAACAGAUUUUGGUAGGUUCAUGCUACCCUACCCCAGUGUGUGACAUUAUGUGCCUAACUACAGAUGGUCUAAAAUUUGGCAUUACUGACUGUGAAGCCCAGCAGAAAAGUUUCUACUUUCCUCUUCUGGCUCAUUGCAUUUAUUAUUUUUCCCCCCCAGAAAGUGGCUUAAAUUAUGUAUUCGCUUCAGCCAUCUUUAUUUGUGUCACUGCUGUAAAUGUUGUAACCACAUUUCUUACACUUCAGUAUGUCACUGCUGAGUGUAAAGCUGUGAAGUGUUAUGACGGUCUGUUUGUUUUAUAGCAUUAUCACAUAUCACACCAAAGCAAGGCCCUAUAGUAUACUGAUGUGAAUUUCAAUCAAAAAAUAAUAAGACAGCUCUUGAAAAUGAUGACCAUUGCUCUGGACUUUUACUAAAUGUCAAACUUUUGUGUACUGUGGAUACAGUUAUGUGACUUUGGCUAAGAGAUUAAAGGAAAUGAACACAGCAAAGCCAUAAUGACAAGUCUGUGUACUGCAUCUCAUUUAAGGGUGAAAUGGAAGCUUGUAUUCUUAUGUUAUACUGUCUAACAGAUAAGUGCACAAUGUAAUACUCUGUCUUCUUUGCUUCCAGUGUGAAAAUGUUCCCAAUAAAGUGAGCUGUGGGAUUUGGCCUUCAACUUUUACUUCUCAUUAGACAGAGGCAGAGAAGGAAACUUCCUAGGGAGGAAAGCAGACAGAGAUAGAAAGAAACUACUUAGAAAUAUGGUGAAUGAAGUAAAAGUCACUUGUUAGGGUGAUGGGAUGUUUGUGACGCAUGCAUCUGUGUGUACAAAUACCAUCACUGAACUUCAUACAGCAUCUUUCAGCCUCAAGCUGUCUGAUCCAUUUGCAAAUGCUGUUGUUGAGAUUGCAAUAAAGACUCUUAGAGACAAUGAGCUGUUUGUGAAUUCUC